UCAGUCGCCACGGACUGUCUCAUUUUCACAAUCAUCAACCAGCACACAGGCGCCAUCACUACACAACACCAGAGGAACGAUGGAGCCCCGACGGAGGUCGAGUCAGAUUAUAAUUCGGGAAUAUUGACGACUUCGGCUACUGCGGUCUUCGCCGGGCCGUCUGGGUGGGCAGGAAUGGUGGCCAUUAAUGAGGCCGGUAACGAGAUUACCGGAUCCGACUCUCUCAUUGAGGGUAGCUAUAAUAAGCUCCAUGAUGGCAACAAAGCACGUUCUGCCUUUGACGUGAGUUAUGUGGCUGGCUUUACAUUGCCGAUAACCUGCCAUUGUGGCGGAGAGGUCCUGGCAGGAUGCAGCCUCGAUCUGUUUGAGUUGAAUGAAUGUCCUGACGGCAUGAAUAACCUACCGGGGACGUGCCGAAACCCGAAUAGGGGUAAUGAGGAUGCUCGCCAGGCUACCGAGUUCUUUAGACCUUGUGAGAACAUCGCAUAUACAUUUCCUCACGACGACCUGGCAACUAUAGAUGGCCAUGAGGAGUGUUCAGAUAGCAUCACAUGUUGCAUUGGAACGGCGUGCCCGGCUCAUCCGAAGCAGCCC